UUAAGGUCACCCCCCUUCUCCACCAUCAAGAGAAAGGGAGUCCUUCUCUUUUCUUCCAUUUCAAAAGCCUUUCAACCCCAAUCAUUCUGAGCUUCCAAAUCCAUCUACCAUGGCUUCCUCUUCUGCAAAAUCCCUCUUUUCUUCUCCCCAUUUCACCUCAUUCAACAGAUCCUCCCAUUCCAAAUCCCCUCUUCUCUCCUUUUCCAACUCCUCUGUUUCUCUCAACCUCCACCCUCUUCAUUCUUCUUCUCCUUCUUCUUCUUCUUCUUCUAACCGCUGCAAUUUCAUUCCACUUCGUAGCGUUUUGAAGACUGUGGAAUCGUCGGGAUUAGAGGUUCAGAACUCUGAUCUCGUCGGCCCCACUUUCCCUAAUGACAGAUCGACCAUUUUGGUGGCCGAGAAACUUGGAGAGGCCGGUCUUAAGCUUCUCCGGAGCUUUGGGAAUGUUGAGUGCGCUUAUGACCUCUCGCCGGAAGAUCUUUGCGCCAAGAUCUCUUCGUGCGACGCCUUGAUUGUCCGAAGUGGCACCAAGGUGAACCGGCAGGUCUUUGAGGCUGCAAAAGGGCGUUUGAAAGUUGUUGGAAGAGCUGGCGUUGGGAUUGACAAUGUGGAUCUGCAGGCCGCCACUGAGUUCGGUUGUCUCGUUGUUAAUGCCCCAACUGCCAACACCAUCGCCGCUGCUGAGCAUGGAAUUGCCUUGCUUACUGCCAUGGCCAGAAACGUCGCUCAGGCCGAUGCCUCCAUGAAAGCAGGAAAAUGGGAACGGAACAAGUACGUCGGAGUUUCACUGGUGGGAAAAACAUUAGCGGUGAUGGGAUUCGGGAAAGUGGGAUCGGAAGUAGCGAGACGAGCAAAGGGAUUAGGGAUGCAAGUAAUAGCACACGAUCCUUACGCGCCGGUGGACAGAGCAAGAGCCAUCGGAGUGGAAUUAGUGUCGUUCAAUCAAGCGAUAUCAACGGCGGAUUUCAUUUCGCUCCAUAUGCCGCUCACUCCCGCAACCUCGAAGGUUUUCAAUGACGAUACAUUUGCUCUGAUGAAGAAAGGGGCUCGUUUGAUUAACGUUGCUAGAGGAGGCGUAAUUGAUGAAGAUGCCCUUGUUAGAGCCCUCGAUAGUGGAGCUGUUGCUCAGGCGGCGCUUGACGUUUUUGUAGAAGAGCCUCCGCCGAAAGACAGCAAGCUAGUGCAGCAUAAGAAUGUUACUGUCACGCCUCAUCUUGGAGCCAGCACCAAGGAGGCACAGGAAGGUGUUGCCAUUGAAAUAGCGGAAGCCGUGGUCGGAGCAUUGAACGGUGAACUUUCUGCCACCGCCGUGAACGCUCCCAUGGUCGCUCCGGAGGUACUGUCGGAGUUAGCACCGUACGUGGUACUGGCGGAGAAACUGGGGCGGCUGGCGGUGCAGCUGGUGGCCGGAGGUAGCGGAAUAAAAUCAGUAAAAGUAUUAUACAAAUCAGGGCGAGUCCCAGACGAUUUAGACACAAGGCUAUUACGAGCGAUGAUCACAAAAGGCAUAAUCGAGCCCAUAUCCGACAGCCACAUAAACCUGGUGAACGCGGAUUUCACGGCCAAGCAAAAGGGGCUUCGGAUAAGCGAGGAGCGGGUGCUGGUAGACGCGCCGCCGGAGUUUCCAGUGGAAUCAAUCCAGAUCACGGUGUCGCACGUGGACUCGAAGUUCGCGAGCGCGGUGACGGAGAGCGGUGACGUGGUGAUAGAAGGGAAAGUGAAAUACGGAGUACCGCAUCUGACACGUGUAGGACCGUUCGACGUGGACGUGAGUUUGGAAGGGAAUUUAAUCCUGUGCAGACAGGUGGACCAACCGGGAAUGAUCGGACGGGUGGGAAGCAUUCUGGGAGAGAAUAAUGUGAAUGUGAAUUUCAUGAGCGUUGGGAGAACGACGAGAAGGAAGAGGGCGAUUAUGGCAAUUGGUGUGGAUGAAGAACCCAACAAGGACACUCUAAAGAAAAUUGGACAAGUUCCUGCUGUUGAAGAGUUUGUCUUUUUAAACCUAUAAAAUCAUCAAACUCACCCACACUCGCUGCCGACAUGUCGUUUCCUACCUAUGUUUUUAUGUUUUUCUUUUUUUCUUUUGGUCGUGAAAUAAUUUAACUAAUAAGGGCAGUUGGAGUUUGGGGUGGAUUUUGAUUAAGGUUAUAUUGUAUUUUAAGGUUACUGGCCUUUUCUUUUUAUUUUGUCUUGUUUAUUCAUUUAUUUGUCCUUCUUUCGAGUUUAAGAAUGGAGAAACGUGAUUAAGGUUAUUGUAUCUUAGGGUAAAAAAGAAAUUGCAUAUGUUUAAAUGCAAAUUUGGUAAUGUUGUCUGCCACCUGCUCAACCCCAACCGUCUUCAAUAAUUAUUUAAGCCACUUUUUUGUA